GGACCAUGGGGCGGUGACAUCCUCGCGCCAAUCGGAAGUGUUGGAGAGUGGGCCUGAUAGUCGGAGGUCGGCUACGGAGCCAUGAAUAUCUUGCCCAAGAAGAGCUGGCACGUCCGAAACAAGGACAAUGUCGCCCGCGUGCGGCGCGAUGAGGCCCGGGCCCGGGAGGAGGAGAAGGAGCGUGAGCGGAGGGUGCUGCUCGCUCAGCAAGAGGCUCGCACAGAAUUCCUACGGAAGAAAGCCAGGCACCACAACUCACUGCCUGAGCUGGAAGCAGCAGAUGCAGGAGCUCCAAGUUCUGGGCCUGUGGACCUGUUUAAGGAGUUGCUAGAAGGGAAAGGAGUGCCCAGAGGCAAUAAAGAACAUGAGGAAGAGAAGCGACAGGAGAAGGAGAGGCAAGAGAAAGCACUAGGCAUCCUGACGUACUUGGGCCAGAGUGCAGCAGAGGCCCAAACUCAACCUCCUUGGUACCAGCUCCCCCCAGGGGAAAGGGGCUGCCCUCCAGGCCCAAGCCCAGACGAGAAGAUCAAGAACCGGUUGGACCCCUUGAGGGAGAUGCAGAAGCACCUGGGAAAGAAAAGGCACAGCAGUGAAAGCCGUCCUUCUAGAGAGGAGCGGCCUCAGAAACAACGGCCCAGAGAGCCACCUUCCCUACAACAGCUCCGCACUGAGCGUCUUCAGCGGGAAGCAGCUGAGAGGGCUCGAGCAGAGGCCCUGCUGGCCCGGGUACAAGGCCGAGCAUCCCAGCAAGGCCAGGCAGAAGUGGAAGAGACAGAUGAAAGGAGGCGGCGGUACAACUCCCAGUUCAACCCCCAGCUGGCCCGGCGCCCCCGCCAGCAGAACCCCACUCCUGCCCACUGACUCCUGGGGGGAUAGGAGAGGCUGCAGCUGCCAGCCGUCAUAUAAAACUAUUUAUUCAUAAAUAUUUUCCAAAAUGAAAA